AUGGUCAAGAAAAACAUCGCCAUUGCAAUUAUCAUCAUCGUUCUCUUCAUCAUUCUCGCAAUAGUGGGGUUCGCGAUAUACGGCAUCAAGAAUCAGUUCGCGAUGUUCGACCGGUCGAGAAGAGCAAUCGAUGAGGAGGAGUAUUAUAAGGAGUUUCUGGGUGUUUUUGAAACGGGGGGCGGGCGAUACGAAGAAUAUAUCUACGACUUGAUCGACGAGGGCCAUGAUGCGGCAUUGGAAAUUGAAAAUGACGGAUGA